UCGUUUGAAACAACAUUAUUGCAAUGGCUUCACCAGAUGGUGGUUCCGCCAUGGAGGCUCUUCAGAAAGACUACCAGGACACACUGAUCGAGCUCACUGGUAAGAAAAAGGAAAUCGUCGAUCCUUUUCGAAUAGAGUAUGAGAAGCUGUACAAGGCCUUGAUGCGGUCGCAUGAAGCCGAAAAGCGCCUCACCAAAAAGAUCAGAGAUCUGAAUUCAGAGAUUAGCUCCAGUGCGCAAAAUGUACAAACUGCGCUGAAAACAGCAGCUGAAGACCAGCAACAGAUCUCGACUCUCAGGCAGGAGAUUGAUGCUAAGCAGAAGCUAGUGGAGGAGGCAAACCGAAAAGAAGAGCAGGCCAAAGAGACGAUCAGCAAGAGAAAAUUAGAAAUUGAGGAUUUGGUUUCCAGGAUAGAACAGGGUGCUGGAAUGUCAGAGGAACAGGAAUUUCAGUUGAACCAGCUCAUCGGGCAGAAGGAGCAGCUCGAAAAGGACCGAGACCUUCUGAAGCAGAACACCGAAAUGCUGCAGAGGAUAACCCAAGGCCGCUUUGAUGAGGUGCAGCGUUUGGAGAAGGACUUGGCUGAAGCUGAGGCUCAGAUUCUGCUGUUGAAAGACAAAAUCGCCGAAAAGCGCGGUGAGGUAGAAGUAGCAAAGCGUCAAAAGGAAGAGCUUGAGCAAAAGAUGAAGGACUUGCGAGAAGAGAACGACCAGAAGCAAGAGGAGUUGGCUGCAGCCAGAAGGAAUAUUGCCCAAGAGCAGACUGAGCUGCGGAAAAUCCAGCAGGCAGUGGCUGACACUGACAAAGAGGAAGAGAGGCUUGAAAGGCGAGUGCACCAGAGGCUUGAUGAGAAACGGAAGCUGGAGGAAAAGCUGGAUCAGGAGCAGGCAAAGAAUCAAAGGUCCGUCCAGGAGAACUUGGGGAAAGAACAGCUCAUCAAGCACCGCAGGGAAGAGCUGCAGCGGCAUCAUCGUGAGAAGGAAAAGAUCAUAAAGCUUCAUGAGGCCUUGAAGAAGAAAGACAAUCAAGCAGAGGAUGAGCGCUUCAAGGCUGAAGGCAAACGGAAUGAACUGAAGUCUGAGGUGAAAUCCGGACAGGAGAAAGCUGAGUCAUUGAAGCGUGAUGCCGAUGUCGAUAGAAAGAAAAUUGAGGACUUGCUGCGGGAGCGCGACAUCCUGAACAAGAAUGUUGUCAAAGCAGAUGAGCGUACAAAGAAGCAGAUUGAUUUAGUCAAACGCCAGGAAACGCAAGCUAUGAACAUGCAGAAGGAUAUCACUCGCUGGAAGCAGGAUGCCCUUGAAUUUCAAAAGCGAAUCGUCGAGCUUCAGAAGCAACGUGAAAAAUAUGGUAUUGAACUCUCACAGGCCAAUGCCAAAUACUUCGCAUGCAAAGAGGAGCUGAAAAACCGCGGUUCGACCUUGACUGAGCUCAAGAAGCAAAUAGCAAAUGCAGAGGCCAAGCUUAACCAGCAGAAGAACCUCUAUGACAAUGUAUGCAUGGAUAGGAACAUGCAAGCAAAAAGCUUAGUGGAAUCCAAUGAAGAAAUUGCGGAAAUGCAUCGCAAGUUCAAAAUUAUAUCUCAUCAGACGACCGCGCUGAAAGAAGAGUUUCGGGAAAAGGACAGCAGGCUGGUGAGAGGGCACUUUGAGCACAAGGAGUUGCUGAAGCAUAAUGACAAGCUGAAAGAUGCGAAGGAAAGGGCCCAGAGAAGGUUGAAAAGCUUGACAAACAUCGUAGAAACUCAACGCGCGCAGCUGAAAAAGCUGGAGAGCACCAUCCAAGAAGCCGAGCAAGAACGACAGGCCCAGCUAAAGGAGCUGGAAGGCGUUGUUGGCGAGCGAGACAUCUUGGGUGCACAGCUGAUUCGGCGCAAUGAGGAGUUGGCGCUUUUGUAUGAAAAGAUUAAGAUUCAGCAGAGUACCUUGCAGAAGGGCGAAAUCCAGUACCAAGAUCGGCUGAAAGAAGUGGCCAAGCUUCGAGCGGAGAUUCGUGCUUGUAAGGGUGAAGUCGGGCACGCCAAGCUGCAGGUGACAAACGUCGAGACUCUGAAGCAAGAGAUUCACUUCCUCAACAAGACCCUCUUGCGCGAGGAGACUAAGGCAAAGGCUUUGCAAGAAGAGCUGGAGAAUCCAAUGAAUGUCCAUCGGUGGAGGGAAUUAGAGUCGUCUGAUCCGGCCACUUACCAGAUGAUCCAGAAGGUGAAGUCUUUGCAGAAGCUUCUCAUUGCCAAGACGGAAGAGGUUGUGGAGAAAGAUGCUUUGAUUCAAGAAAAAGAGAAGCUCUAUGUGCAGCUGAAGAACAUCAUUGCAAGGCAACCUGGUCCUGAGGUCGCAGAGCAGCUGGCCUGGUACAGCCAAAACUUGAAGGAAAAAACGGGCCACAUGAAACAAAUGGCAGCUGAGUUGGAGAUGUACCACAACCAGGUCCAAGACCUCAAAGAGGAGAUUGAUCGUCAUAACAAGGACUUCCAAGGGACCAAGCAGGCCUAUUUCCAGAUGUUGCGUGCCCAGCUGAAGAGCCAAUCUCAAAGCUCUGUUCCUCUGGAAUAAGCCGCCUCGUUUCACUGAAUGCAAAUGCACCGACCCAGAGUUGUGCUGGUGCCUUGACGCCACAUGAUCGUGACGGUCAGGCAAAUCGUGCGACCGAGUCUUGUUUCACAUCCCACACUGAAACCAGCGUGAUGUUUUGAGUAGCUUGGUGUCUCGAACUCUGUAUCGCCAGGCUGAUGUACAAAGAUCACACCGCCCUCAUAAGGCCAAAA